AGGCGACAGCAGGAUGGCGGGCGCAGAUGGGGGUUUGUACUGAAACUCCCUGGUGCAAAGACCCCUGGGCCCUUGCAGCUUAGAGUCAAAUGAGUGCAGAGCAUAGCAAGCAUGGGGAGGGCUGCUGGUAAUGCAUUGUUUCUCAGUCUAAGGCUAAAUUUUGAAUCAGAAUGAUUUUGUUGCCUGCCAUUAGGACUUGGGAGGAGCCAUAACUCAGCAGCAGAGCUCAUGCUUUGUAUAGAAAGUCCCAGGUUUGAACCCAGCAUUGCCAGGAAAGGCUGGGAAUUACUCCUUCCUGAAACCCUGGAGAGCCGUGGCAGUCAGUGCAGACAGCCCUGGUCUGACUCAGCCUAAGGCAGCUUCCUGUGUUCCUGUGCCUUCCGUGGCUUAAUGUUUAAUUGCUGCACUGCUGCAUUUAACAAGUGAAUUAAAGUGAGAAAUGCUCUGACCUGGUACGAGAUAUAUUCCUAUGUGCUUGUGCCAUCUGCAGGGAAGGGAUUCACUGCCUCGUAGCUGUUCAUUUUGUGACCAUGUUAUCAAAAACUCAAACUCUGUCGGCUGUGAUUCACAUUUCAUUACAACCUGGCUAAUAAGUUAGGGAUGCAGGUGGUGCUGUGGUUUAAAUCGCUGAGCCCCUUGGGCUUGCUGAUCAGAAGGUCAGCAACUUGAAUCCCUGCGACGGGGUCGGCUCCUGUUGUUCUGUCCCAGCUCCUGCCAACCUAGCGGUUUGAAAGUGCGCCAGUGCAAGUAGAUAAAAAGGUAUCACUGCAGUGGGAAGAUAAAUGGUGUUUCUGUCUUGGUGUCCUGUUGUGCCAGAAGCGGUUUAGUCAUGCUGGCCACAAGACCCGGAAAGUUGUCUGUGGACAAACGCUGGCUCCCUUGGCCUGAAGCAAGAUGAGCACCGCAACCCCAUAGUCACCUUUGACUGGACUUAACUGUCCAAGGGUCCUUUAACUUUACCUACCUUUUUUUACACCUUAUGUUGCCAGGCGAAAAUGUUCCUCUUUAACCAGGCCUUUGACAGAUUGUCGUCCAAUGCCCUUUUAAAAUGUGUUUAUGGGAGGGGGAUGUUGGCUUUUUAUGUAUUAUGUAUUUUGUGUUUUUAUGUUGUUAACUGUCCUGAGAUCUGUGAAUGAAGGACAGUAUACAAAUUUAAUAAAUAGCAAGGAAAAGAGGCUAGCUAAAGCUGGAAAACAGGUAUUUGGGCAGAAUCUGGAGUUAUCCAAACCCCAAGCUGUCUGAAGGCAAUCCAGUUUAGGGAAGGUUUUUUAAAAUGUUUUAUUAUGUUUUUAUAUAUGUUGGAAGCUGCCCAGAGUCACUGGAGCAACCCAGUAAGAUGUGUGGGGUAUAAUUAGUAAAAUUAUGAUUAUGGAAAGAGACAUCCCUAUUUUCAUCGCAGAAAUGUUGGAGGGUAUGUCACACAGGGCAAAGAAAAUUUGCUGGAUGCUAAGGGGCACAAGUCUCUUGUGCAAUUAAAAGAAAGCAGAGCGCGUCAUGAACCAAUCAAAACAAAUUCCAGAGGUACCUCAUGCAGAGGCACAGAGGGGGAGGGCUUCACCUGAGGGCCUUUUUGGUAGCAGUUCCCAGACUUUGGAGGCCAGGCCAGCUCCUUCCUCACAGUCCUUCCACCUGCAGGGGAAGACAGUAUCAUUCUGGCAGGCUUUGGGGAACCAACUGAUUUGAAGGAAAGGGCUUUGAAUUGUGCUGUGCAGUUGUUACUCUCUGUAUUUUAUUGUUUGUUUUGAUAUUAUUUUAAUUUUAUUAUAGUUUAAUUACUUUUAAACUAAUAUAUUGUAUAUGUUUUUAGCUGCCAGUAAGUAAGUAAGUGGGACGUGGGUGGCACUGUGGGUUAAACCACAGAGCCUAGGACUUGCUGAUCAGAAGGUCGGCGGUUCAAAUCCCCGUGACAGGGUGAGCUCCCAUUGCUCGGUCCCAGCUCCUGCCAACCUAGCAGUUUGAAAGCAUGUCAAAGUGCAAGUAAAUAAAUAGGUACUGCUCCGUCGGGAAGGUAAAUGGUGUUUCCGUGCGCUGCUCUGGUUCGCCAGAAGCGGCUUAGUCAUGCUGGCCACAUGACCCAGAAGCUGUACAACGGCUCCCUCGGUCAGUAAAGCGAGAUGAGCGCCGCAACCCCAGAGUUGGCCACGACUGGACCUAAUGGUCAGGGGUCCCUUUACCUUUACCUUAAGUAAGUAAGUAAAUCCCAUCUAGAUUCCUUGAGGCUGAUUUUAUUAUGUUAGCCCACAAAGUCAUGUCCAUCUGGAUAUGUGUAAACAGGUGUAAAUAAUUAGCCAUUAGUAGCUGCCUCCAUGUAAAGGGAAACAUGUAGCCUUUUAACGUGAAGUACAACUCUGGUUCUGCAACUGGUCAAGGCAGGGCUAAAGAGUUGUAGUCUUGUAUGUUUCCACAAAAGGGUGUUUUCUUCCUGCAAGUAUAAUACCAGGAUCCUGCAAAGUCAGAAGUGUUUUUUUGUUUAUUUGCCAUGUGUCUAGGCAUCUUCAGCUGACUUCAGAGGAAGUUUAUUUAUUGCUGCUUGCCUUCCAGAACUAAGCAACACAACAAGAAAAUCCACUGAGCCCCAGAAACAAGACGCAAUAUUAACAUCCCUCCAGCACGAUGGCAGGCAAGAAAAUCCAGAUGCAUCCUGUAAGCCCUCCCAAGAAGCAGAUCCCUCUGGGUAGGUUCCAGAUGCAUAAAUAUUCAGCCAGUAUUGGUUUAUUCUGACAACUAAUAAGUAAGUGAUCCUUUCCUUCCAUUUUGUUUUUGUCAGGCAUGAUCCUUCUCAAAAUUUCUCUUCUGGCUCUCCUAAGCAUUCCAGUGAACCUCCACCUAAAGCAAAUCUGGUAAAAGAAAGCGACCGAUUUGCGGAGGUCCAACUGCAGAAGAAGUCCUCUCGUGAGUAACGCUGAAGAAAUACUGCCAUGAAAUGCUGGCAGUUUGCAUGGAGGUUUCUGCCAAGGUCUCCAGAUAUAAAGCCACCCCAAUGUGCACAGAGGUCCAAGCAGCUCACACGCAAAUGACUCCCCGAUGGCACUGCGACACCCCUCUUCGUGGCUGCUCCACUGAGGCAUUGCAGGGCCCCUGACUGCAGUCCGAGCAGGCUGGAAUGGCAAAUACAUUUGUCACCGGCUUCCUCCAGCACCUUGUGGAAGCCAAAACACAGGAGGCGACAUGACCGUUGGGGGCAGCAUUACAGUGCUGGCCUGUGUGGGAAAUUGCUGGUGAUUCGGGGUCCUUGAUUCCACGUCUCCCCCUCUCAGAUAAUUAAUUCCUAGUCUACAUCUUAUUUGUUUCAGGAAAUGUAUACACCGCUUGAUUGUAAGAUACCUCAAAGUGUUUCUUUGUUCAGACAAUAAAAUCAAGAAAAAAUCACAACCAUACUUAAAGCCAAAUCCAAAUAACUUUCUUGUACUAGCCACUGGCCAUGACAAAUUGGAUUUGGGCUUAAAGCAGGGGUCCGCAACCUUUUUCAGCCGUGGGCCGGUCCAUCGUCCCUCAGACCAUGUGGUGGGCCAGACUAUAUUUUGAAAAAUAAAUGAAUGAAUGAAUUCCUAUGCCCCACAAAUAACCCAGAGAUGCAUUUUAAAUAAAAGCACACAUUCUACUCAUGUAAAAACACGCUGAUUCCCGGACCGUCCACGGGCUGGAUUGAGAAGGCGACUGGGCCGCAUUCGGCCCCCGGGCCUUAGGUUAACUACCCCUGGCUUAAUAUACAAGUUAAUGUUAUGUAUUGAAGUUGAAAGCUACCUCAACUUUCUAAGCAUCUGAGUCAGCUUGUCUAAACAAUGAUGUUUUUAGCAGGAGCCAAAACGAGUAACUGUACAGCAAACUCCCUCAACAGGCAGGGAGUUCCAGAGUGCAGCUGCUACCAUAUGAAAUGACUGAGUUCUGACAAAUGCAGAACAGGUGUGUGUCAUCUGGCACCUGUUUUAGUGCCAAUUCUGCCAAUCAAAGUGGCACAUGUAGAGUGAGGGGAUCUCGAAGCUACACUGGUCCCAAGUUGUUAUGGACUUUACCUUGAAUUUGGCCCAGUAGCAAAUCAGCAGCCAGGGCAGCUCUCUGAGCACAGGUGACAUACGCAGACAAGGCCUCACUCCUAUCAGCAAUUGUGCUUCUGGAUCAGGUGCAAGGGCAGCCCAACAUGCAGCGCACUGCAGUAAUCCAGUCUUGAAAUAACCAAUGCAUGAAGUACUGUUGUAAGACUUUCCGGGUCCAGGAAUGGCCACAGCUGCCCAACCAGUUGCAGCUGAUAAAAGGCUCUUCUAGCCAAUGAAGCUGCCUGAGUCUUCAGGGACAGAAAUGGUGCCAGAAGCACCCCCAAACUGCAACCCUGCCCAGGGCAGGCAACUGACCAGUUUCUCAGACAUGGGAGCUACUCAACCAUUGUGUCUCUGUCUUGCUAGGAUUCAAGCUCAGCUGGUUUUUCCUCAUCCAUUUCACCCCUGUGUCCAGGGAGUGCAUGGUCUCUCCUGAUUCAUGUGUGGGUCAUCAGCAAACUGAUGGCACCUUGCCCCCAAACUGCUGAUGAAGCUCCCAGCAGCUUCAUAAAGGUAUUAAAUAGCUGAGAGGCCCUCUCCCAAUGCCCCUCUCUGGACUUGGUCCUAUAAGACCCUGGCCCCAAUUCCCAUGCCCUGGAGCAAGUCCAGGAGGAAACCAUGGUCUUAGUAUGGUUUGCCCACCUUCCUGAAAAUGAUAUACAGGUGGUACCUAACACCAUAUUAAUUGGCAAAGAUGUCUAAAUCAGCAUCAGAUGUCUGUUGGAAGUGUAAAGAAGGUUUAUUUUCCCACAUGUGGUGGACAUGUAAAGUGGCUAAAGACGUUUGGGAGCUGAUCUAUAAUGAGAUAAAAAAGAUACUUAAACUAACUGUCCCAAAAAGACCAGAGGCCUUUUUAUUAGGGAUAACUGGAACACAUGUUGCUCCAAAACAGGUGAAUCUAUUUCUUUAUGCAAUAACGGAAGCGCAAAUAUUGUAAGCUCAAAAAUGACGUGAAGAGGUGCUACCUACUAGAAAAGAAUGGCAGCUGAAAUUGACAGAAUAUGUAGAACUGGCAAGUUUGGCUUGUUAAAUUGGAGAUCAAAAAGAGACAGACUUUAAGGAGGACUGAAAAAUGUUUGUGGAUUAUUUAAAAGCUCAUUCAAUCAAUUUUAUUGUUUAUAGCCAAAGGCCUUUACAAUAGAUGACAAAGGAAACUUUCAUCUAAAAUCGUACAACGCAACCUGUAACAAUUUACAACAUAAAAAUAAAUUCACAAAUUUGGCCACAUGGUGCGUCUCCAUCUCCAUCGUUUUACCCAGGCACUGAGGUCCAGAGCCGAGGGCCUUCUGGCAGUUUCCUCCCUGCGAGAAGCCAAGUUACAGGGAACCAGGCAGAGGGCCUUCUCAGUAGUGGCACACGCCCUGUGGAACGCCCUCCCACCAGAUGUCAAAGAGAACAACAACUACCAAACUUUUAGAAGACAUCUGAAGGCAGCCCUGUUUAGGGAACCUUUUAAUGUUUGAUGCAUUACUGUAUUUUAAUAUUUCGUUGGAAACCACCCAGAGUGGCUGGGGAAGCCCAGCCAGAUGGCCGGGGUAUAAAUAAAUUAUUAUUAUUAUUAUUAUUAUUAUUAUUAUUAUUAUUAUUAAUGUUUGUCUGCUAGGAGUUCAACGGGCACUUCCUGUGUGGAUCGACCUGGAAGCCAAUUAAGGAUCAGAAAUAUAAAUUUCCCUCUAGGCGUUGUGUACAGGGGGCAAAUCAGCAGAAGAGUAUGUGAUGUCGUCUACCUCAUGGCAACCAUGUAUACAUUUGCAAUAGAUUACUGAAAAACUCCAUGGAAACCUGAUAAAAUGCAAGUAGGAUUUGAGAAAAGACAGCAGUGCAAAGUACAGCCGUACCUUGGUUCUCGAACAGAAUGCGUUCUGGGAGUCCGUUCGACUCCUAGAACCGUUCAAAAACCAAGGCGCAGCUUCUGAUUGGCUGCAGGAGCAUCUUGCAGCCAAUCGGAAGCCACAGAAGCCACGCUGGAUAUUCGGCUUCCAAAAAUCGUUCGAAAAACCAGAACACUCACUUCCGGGUUUUGACUGUUUGGGAGCCGAUUUGUUCAGGACCCAAGGUGUUUGAGAUCCAAGGUAUGGUGGAGGGAUUUUUUAGGAAGAAGUGAAGACUUAGAAUAAUUAUAAUACGCAGCAGGAGUUGGAAUUUUGGGGGAACCAUGGAGGGAUGGAGGGGAAGUCCUAGGCUGAAUGACUAAGUGUUGAAUUUGAAAUGUUGUUGAAUUAUUCUUUAUUUUUCAAAUUACUAUAAAUAGAUAAAAAGAAAAGAAAGCUCAGCCAUUCUUACAAUUUCUCUCUCUUCUUUAGGAGAUAAUGAGAAUUCAGACACAGAAUGGACAUUUUAUCCAAGUUCCUUUGGUCACACUUAUCACACGGGGAAAAAGUGUUUCUUUGAGGGUGUACACCUCAGAAACAAAACCACAACAUCUGAAAGGACAGUGGAAAUGUGCUUUGGAAAGAAGAAAUAUGGUAACACCACAGAAACCUCUUUCAAUUCUUUAUCUUAAUAUCUUAAAGUUUUGGGCUACCAAAACUAUGAGGUUCAGUUCUCAUGUUUUCAUACACAUUUUCCAAGGUGGAAUCAGCCACAUGUGAGUUUUGUCUCCUUUUCAUUUUUCAAUGUAUAGGUCACUCAACUUUUUUCAGGCCAAAAACUGCACUGAGGUCAAAUCUCUGUGAGCUACAGCUGAAAGUGGGGAUGUCAAAAUGUGUGUGCCCCAAAUUUGCCAUUUUAAAAAAGGAGGAAUGAGGGGAGGGGUGUCACAAAACAUUUUGGCAUCACCAAAUUGCAUCAGGGCCCCACAAGAGUGGUCUGUAAAUAUAGACAGAUAAUUUAAAACAUUUCAAACGGUACCACUUUGGGGCUCCUUGGGAAGCCACAAAGCUGACUGGCAUUACAGUGUGUGUGUGCGGGGGUGCCAUUAUACAUACACACACACACACACACACACACACACACACACAUAUGUAUAUAACCUCUGGAAUCACAGUAUUGCAAUGAGAGACGUGGGAACAAUGAGCAUUUUUUUAAGCAUUUUUUUUAAAAAUAGUUUAAAACUUUUUAGUGAUUUUUAAACGGGGUUGGAAGUGAACACCCACCCACAUCCAUUUGACAGCAUAUUGUCACCGCUGUGGAUCCACCGGAGCACUCAAGACUUGUUAGAAUAAAGCCAUCUUCAAAUGAGAAAUGUUGAUGGUUCAGGGGCCACAACAUCUCUUAGGGGACUGGGGGCCACCUUCAAGUCCUUGGGUUAGUCACCCCUGGUAUAGAUGAUUAUCAUUUUUCCCCAUAUCCAUAGCCUUGCCCCCUGCCUCCAAGGCUCUGAAAAUCUGUUGCUCUUUUAACAUUGCUUUUUGUUUAUUCACGUUAUUUUAAAUUUUGUUUUCAGUUGUGUGAGGUGCUUUAUACUCUGUGAAAAUGGGGGUAUAGAUAGGUUAAUGAAAUACAGCAAAUGCUUUGGCUUGAAUAUUUUUGUGAUCAAGAAGGUGGGCCUGAAAUGUUUACUGAAAGGUUUCCGAAAACCUGCCACUUGUUGUCUAGUUCCGUGUUAUUCCUUGCCCUGAUUGGUUGCAGAUCCAAUGCCACCAAGAUAUCAAAGGCCACUAAGAGAUCACACAAGAGCAACUGCCUUGCCCCCCCUCGACCCUCUCCUAAAGAAGGACAGCAUGCAUCAUGGGUCAGAAUUGUAGCAUUUCAAGAGUGUGACUGUGGACUCAUCUACACAGCUGCAAAUAAAACAUUUUAAAUGUGUUGUAAAGUGCAAUAUACAAAUGUGACACUAGAUAGCGACAGUGACCUAUGCCAAGUUCAAUGUAUUUUUCAAAACUUUUUUUUAAAAAAACAUUUUCACAGCAUUUUUAUAUGUGUGUAGAUUUCACCAUAAUCCGGUACUGCAGAUGCUUCUAUUUAAAAUUUAAGAAAGUGGUUUUAGGUUUAUAGUGGCAUUUGUUGUUUAGUCGUCUUAGUCAUGCUCGACACUACGUGACCCUAUGAACCAGAGCAUGCCUUGGAAACUCACUUUCUUCUCAAAGCGUCUCCUUUUUUAUGUCCAUGGAGUUUUCUUGGCAAAAUACUGGAGUGGUUUGCCAGUUCCUUCUCCAGGUGGAUUACAUUUAGUCUAAACUCUCGGCUAUGACCUGUCUGUCUUGGGUGGUCCUGCACGGCAUGGCUCAGAGCUUCUUGGGGUUAUUCAAGCCCCUUCGCCACAACAAGGCAGGGAUCCAUGAAGGGGUUAUAGUGGCAUACAUAGCUUUAAAUUAAUGUUAUCUAUGUGCAUGACUCAAAUGGAUCUUUUUCUACGGUUCAAAUGGUAGAAACUAAACUUUUGUCCCCCGUGUCCUAUCUAGUUGUGUUUUUAUUUGUCAUCACAGUGACUGAAGAUGCCUCCAGAAAUGGUAUUCCGUUGGUGACACUGGGAGACCACCCUUAUGCCUAUCCAGAACAAAGCAAAGACUUCCACAAACUGGGACCAACCCUGCCUCCAGUGAACUUUGGGAGGCAAGUUCCACACUCAGCCCUGUGAUGGCUGAUGAUAACAGUGAUCAUCACAUUCCACAUUUAAAGUGACGCAAUAAAGCAAUAAAUCUCUCUAAACAAUAUACAGUCGUACCUUGGUUCUCAAACGCCUUGUGACUCAAACAUUUCGGCUCCUGAACGCCGCAAACCCAGAAGUGAGUGUUCCAGUUUGCUAACGUUCUUUGGAAGCCAAACAUCCAAUGCAGCUUCCGACUGAGUGCAGGAAGCUCCUGCAGCCAAUCAGCAGCUGAGCUUUGGUUUUUGAACGUUUUUAGAAGUCAAACGGACUUCCGGAACGGAUUCCAUUCGACAACCAAGGUAUGACCGUACACACAUUAAUAAAAAGUGAAUCAUAUACAAAACUACAAAUGCAAUAAGAUACAGCACCUGAGUCCAACAUGACUAAAAUAUUGAUCUCAAUAAAAUGACAUAAUUCUAAGACUCCUAAUUGUUCCUUGGCUGCUGAAUCCCUUCCUGUCCAGCACAUGGUGACGCACAGUGUCAGGUGUGCAUUUGCAACCCAAAUUGGGACCCAUGCCAGCUGUAACUAUGGCUGCAGGAUGGAGGUUCCCCACCUUGAUCUAGACUUUCUUCAAGUCUCUCCCCUUUGUUACUACUGCUUCACCAUCCUUUUUUUAAAAAAAUAAUAUUUAUUGAGAAUUUUAAGAUUACAAAAAACAAAGAAAAAAAAACAAGGAAAAAAAAACAAGUAGCAUUUAGACAAUACGAAUCAAUAAAAAAAACAAGGUCAAAAAAACAAAAAAACACACAUAGUACAUCAAAAUCAAAAAGCAAAAAUAGACAAAAAAUUUAAAAACAAAUCCAAUAUUCCCAAAUCAUUAACUGUCAUUACUUUGUUUCAUCGACCUCCUCACACGUCCCUUUUUUGUAUUCUAGUUGUUAAUUAUCUCAGCAAAUCCUUUCCCUCUUUCAUAAUAUUCUAUCAUUAAAUUACCUUAAUCUAUUUUAACCUUAUCUUACCUAAAAAGGCCCUAAAACUUAAAACUUAAAUCUUAUUUAUACCAAAUUCUCUUAACCAUGACAUAUUCUUACAUAAUUCUUUUUAACAUUUCUGCUAAAGCCAAAUAAUUUCAUUCCAACAUUUUUCUAAUACUCUUUUACAAGAUUUUCCUAAAUAAUUUGUUUAAAACUUUCUUCCAAUCUUCAUCCAACGUCUCUUUCUCCUGGUCUCGGGUUUUGUCAGACCUUUCUACCCCAUCCAUCUAGUCCAUCAACCUGGUAACCUUAUAUCCGAGGCCCUUGGAUCUCUUCCAUGUCCCAUCCGCAGAUCUUCUUCAUAUUUAUACCUGUGCUUUACUUUGUCUUCUGCUCCUUUCACUCGGGGAGACUCCAGCUUGACAAUGCUUUUGUCCCUUCUCGACAGAUCAGCCCCUUUUCCAAAGUCAACACUGAACUCCAUGUGGUAUUUAAAAGCAUGUUUCAAAGUCCCUCCAAAGUUAAGGGCCCGCACAACUCCGAACGCCUCCUGGCCCAAAGCCAGACUUGAAAAGUCAAAACAUCCCUGCAUAGGGGGGUCUAUCCAGCCCCCCAUCUCCAAGCCAAACAGAACUCUGUCUCUCCAAAUCUGUCUUUCUCUAGGUUCAUUCGUCAAGUCCAGCAACUCAUGUUCCUGCUGGGCCACAGUUCCCUCCAUCUCUGCCUCACUAGGUCCAGCAACAACCUCCUCCCUCAUCUGAUCUGUCAAAGCACACUCCUGAGUUAAUUCCUGAGUGGGUUCUAAAUAAGUACCCACUGCCUGUCCAAACUUUCCAAUCCCAACAGUCAUCAAAUCCAUCUUCUCAUGUAACUGUUCCAAUAAAGCACUUGUCUUACAAAAGGCCAACACCAGAGCCUCUGAGUACAUUGUUGUUGAAGGUCAGAGUCUGUUCCCACGAUCUUAAUCUAUUGCUGCUCCCCAGUUCAAAUUUACAGUUUCACAAGCUCCCUCUAGGGGAAAAGCUUCUAUUUGUAUCCAUCUCUCUCUUUUUUUUUAAAAAAAGCAAAUCUAACAACAAAGUUUCCUUUUUCAGAUAUUUUGUCAAUAUUUUGUUCCUUUUAGAUGCGAAGGGGAACAAAGGAAUCAAUAUGUUUCUCUUCUUUUAACUAUCUGUCAAAAACGUUUGUCUAUAGUCAAUGAACUUCCCGAAGACGUCUGUCCUGACACCCCGCUCCCAGGUUCAGGACGGUGGAUAAUUGCUUUUCUUUACUUGUCUUCUGCAAGUUUAAUCAGUCCAGAAAAAGUUCCCCCCUCUUCUCCUUCUUCCAAGGGGGGGGUUCAGUAAUUUUAAAUGAUGAAAAUUGAUCCUUUACACACGAUUUUCUAAGCUCUAGCUUGCCGUGUCUUUGCUUCAAUCUAUUUACAAAAAGCGGAAGGCAGACUUCCUGUUUAUACCUUUCCGCUUCAGUGCCAAAUUAAAGGAAAUUUCUUAAUCCAAUUUUCCGUUCUACUCACGGGUACUUGUUUAGAGUCCAAUUGUCCACAGGAAAAAGUCAGCGCUCUCCGGCAACAGCAAUGCGGCUUCACUCCGUGAAACAAGCAGUCGAUUCAAGGCACCGCGCCACUCACCCCACGUCACUCCGGAACCCUGAAAUCGGGUUUCCCCGUGAGUAGGGGGGGCGCAAAGGUACCGGCCGAAUCCCACGUCCACAGGCUUCCCCCGCCUUUGGUUUUUGAUGGGUCUCCGCCUCGCCGUGGCGGUUCAGACCCUGUUUUCCACGGAGCGGAUUCCUCCCGAUCGGAGGAAAUCCGCCAUUGCCAGAGGCGCCAACCCGGAAGUCCUGCUUCACCAUCCUUUUUGUUUAGACAAAUAUCUGUAUCUUCCACCUUAGAAAACACAGUGCUUGUUUUUCAUGCCAACCUUUUAUACUCGGCCUAUGCCUCUAAGUGGGCCUCAACUACAGAGCAGGCAAGAGGUCACUGGAGUGCAACCCCACCACAUAUCAUACUUUAUGACCUACAUCCCUAUUAAGGCCCAAGCUAUUGUUUUGAAUCCUUUAUCUUAGACCCUGUUCAGCAUAGCAAAGGUUUCAUUUCAAAAAUGCAUAGCUUAAUGUUAGAUGCUAAUACACAAGUCUUUCAUAAACUUAAGGUUACAGUGGGAAGAGGAUCUUGGAGAGGAAAUUACAGCUUGAUAAUGGAAUAAAAUAUUGCCAGACUGGUCCUGUAAAUCUUUGUCUUCCCAAAGGAGACACACAGAUCUGUCUUUACAUUGUUUAACACAGAUUUUGUGCCAUCAGCAUGACAGUUGUCUUAUGGGCAUUAACUUGUGCCUUUUGUGCCACUGUUGGCCAUCAAAACCCUUUAAGAAGCUAGAGAUUUUGCGAUAAUGACGUUUGAUGUGGCUGCUAGGAUUUAUGCUAUUGUUUUGCUAUUUUCAAGAGAGAUUUCUAAAAAAAAACAACCUGCAGUCUUUCUAAGUAUAUAUAUUGUGAGAAAUAUUUGAUGUCUAUGGUGACCUGUAUGUGACUUUCUGGAACCAAAGCAAAAAGCCAUAGAUUUAUAUAGAGAAAUUUCCAAACUUGUAGAAGCUCAGAGGCAAUUUUUACAAGUGAACUCAUUUUAUUGUCAAGAAAAAAACAAAUCCAUAUAUCUUCUAUAGUCUUGAACAAGAAAUGUGGGUUCUAUUAUUGAAAGAACUUGCACCUCAUAGCAACUGCAUUAGGAUUUUGCACAUGUAAUGCCAAACCAAAUCAAAUCAAAAUCAAUGAUGUGUCUGUUCCCUAAGUCCAAAUGGCUUUUGUUUUCUUUUUUAAUAGUUCCAAGUAUAUAAAGCAGUCAGAUACGUUUAUUCCUCUCCAGCACUUGCCAGGAGUUCCUUGGUAUGUAUCUAGUAUUUCAUUUAAUACUCUGCCCUUGUAUGCUUUUAUUGUUUUAUGCUUUAAGACAAACAAAGUAAUCCUACCCUUGGAGAAUAGGGAAGGAUAUGCCAAUUUCAGUUCUCUCUGCUUCUCAUUUUUCAUUCAGCGCUUUAUGUUAAUUUAUCCUAAUAAACACAGUUUCAUAUGCAGUUUCAACUAAUAUACACAUUUUCGCAAGUAAUUUCUCCUAAUAUAAUGCAUGGGUUGGUUGGAGAAUUGCAAAAUUUGGGUAAGUACAAAAUUUGCAUAAUGACUGAGUUUUGGCUAUCAUUGGAAAGUGUGAAUUCAGUAGAUUCACCUUUAAAUGCAAACUUUAGCCUCCGCCCCUAGCUAGAGAGCAGCAAGAGAAAUUGAUAUGCCACUGUCCUGGUUCAGAUGUUUAUAUGUAGAACUAAGCCACAGAGCAUCCAGGUUAUGCUUUCAUGGGCUUUUGGUGAAGCACUUAAGAGUCACUUGCAACUCUAGUAAAUAGAUUUUUUAAGAGCUUAUUUUAAGCAUGACAUGAAGAGGUCAAGCCAGCUGUUAAUCUUGCAACGAAAAACUAAGAAAGUAACUAUUUACUUUUUGUGUACUGUAUGUGAUUCAGUUGGUGAUUUAUUUAUAUCUUGAAGUCCAACUAACAAAGGAAAUUAGCAAAAGUAUUAAAAGCAAGUUGUAAUAAAUGUAGGGGUUGCUCGUGCGCAAGUUGGUGCCACUCCUGGCUAGGUUGCCUUGUUAAACCUUUUCUGUCUGGACAGCCCUGCACUUCGUGGCUGUUCAGUCGCUAGCAGAAUCCGUCAGUGGGUGUUUCUUAAACCUUUUCCAGCAUAAAAGUUGUUUGACUCCAAGCCUCCUCCUACUCUCCCUGCGCGGAAGCCUUCUGCGCAGGGAGGGCGUGGGUAGCGGAGGACCCGUGCUCUCCUCGCUGAUCUCCGGCGAGGAGUCCUGGAGCCCCCUCGCUGAUUCCCCCAUCUGCCCCCCUUUAUCCCUGGUGUUACGCUGAUUUCUUUCCCCAGCUGGUGAGCCGCCUCUCCCCCUGCUGGGCCCUUCUCCAGCAUCGCUUGAGAGCCUAGCCUCCGCCUCUGGCUCCGAUGUCAGUUCCCUGACAUCCACCUCCCCCCCAGGACCCCCUUCACCCCGGCCCCACCUUUUUAUACAAAAACGUCCCUUUCCUCGGCCGACGAUGCGGGGAAUCCCCGGAAGGAGCUGUCGCCAUCCUCUGAGGAUUCAAAACCCGCUUCCCACCCACUCUGAUCUCUCCCUGCGGGGUGGGCCUCCCAGUCUGAUUCUUCUUCCUCCGAAGCCUCUCCUCCCUCCUCUUCGGAGGCAGAAAAACCCACAAAAUCCUCUUCAUCGUCUGUGGUUCCAAAUUGCUCCUCCCAGAAUCUCGCUAGUGGCUUGGGUUUGUCCAGGAACAGGCUGUGGAAUCCCUCCACAAGAUACCCGUCAUUGAUUGCCUCCGCGGGAACCCACGUGUUUUCCGACCCGGGUUCUCCCUCCCAAGCUACUCGCCACCUUGAAUCGAGUAUUUCCGUGGCCCGGUUGUGGUGUUCCCUCUCCUCUAUCUGCGGGUGUGUGGUGACUUCGCCUUCCCGCCCCAGGACUCCCCGCCCCUCCCUGUACGGUGAGAGUAGGGACCUAUGGAACACCGGGUGUAUCUUCAUGCUGUCUGGCAACUUGAGCUUGAAUGCCACGGGGUUCACCUGCUGUGUUACCUCAAACGGCCCCAGCCGCCUUGGCUGCAACUUCUUGCACCCCCCCUUAAAGGGUAACCCUUGGGUUGACAACCACACCCGGUCCCCCACCCGUAUGGUCUCCCUUUCCCUACGGUGCUUGUCUGCCUGCCUCUUGUAAAUUUCCUUGGCCUGUUCUAAGUUCAUCUUAAGUUGCUGGUGCAGAGCCUCCAUUUCUUCCACAAACUGCUCUGCCGCAGGUACGCUCCACCCUUCCUCCCCACUCCCCGGGAAGGCCCUGGGGUGACACCCAUAAUUGGCCAUGAACGGGCUCAUUCCCGUGGACACAUGUUCAGCGUUAUUGUACGCAAAUUCAGCCAGCGCUAGUUUCUCUACCCAAUCAUUCUGCCUCUCGCUGACGUAGCAGCGUAGGUAUUGCUGGAGUACACUGUUCGCUCUUUCUGCUUGCCCGUUGGUUUACGGAUGUCUCGCCGUCGAGAAGCUCACCUCUACCUGCAGCAAACUCAUGAGCUUCCUCCAGAAACGGGAAGUAAAUUGUUUCCCGUGAUCCAAAAUUACUCUCAAGGGAGCCCCAUGCAACCUGAAGAUGUGAUCCACAAACAACCUGGCUGUCUCCUCUGCGGUCACCGAAUGUGAACAAGCUAUGAAAUGGCACAUCUUUGUCAAUAGAUCGACUACUAUCAUGACUGCUGUCUUCCCCCGGGACUUGGGCAAAUCGGUCAUAAAAUCAAUGGACACCACCUCCCAGGGUCUUCCCGGCGUGGGUAAGGGUUCCAGUAACCCUUCGGGGGCAGCCCUUUCCCCCUUUGCCCUUUGGCAGCGGUCGCACCCCCAUACAUAUUCCCGUACAUCCUCCCUCACCCUUGGCCACCAGAACUGCCUGGUGACGAGCAUCAUGGUUUUGUGCUGUCCAAAGUGCCCAGCUGUGGGGCUGCCGUGGAGUUUUUUGAGUACCUUUCCCCUCAGGGUCUCCCCGGUACAUACAGCGCCCCCUUAUAGUACAGCACCCCUUCCUUUUCCUCAAAACCCCCUUGGUUUUCUCUUCCAUCUCGGAGUUCCCGGAUUUUAGUUUGAGCUAACACGUCGUUUCUAGUAAGCCCGGCCAGUUCUCGUUUCCCAACCAAGGCUCCCCCACACACGCAUCGGUCCUCGGGGAUCACGUGUCGUAUCUCUGGCGGUCCCUCUCCUUCCAUGUACUCCGGCUUCCGGGAGAGAGCAUCUGCUCUUACGUUUUCCUCUCCUGGCACGUAUCGGAUUUCGAAGGAAAACUUGGAGAACUCCUGUGCCCAUCGAAUCUGUCUCUGGUUGAGUACUCUUGCGGUCCUCCAGUACUCCAAGUUCUUGUGAUCAGUACAAACCUGGAUCUUGUGCUGUGCCACUAUCAGCAGAUGUCGCCAUCGGCAAAACGCCGCAUAGAUCGCAAGCAGUUCGCGGUCGUACACCAUAUAGUUUUGCUCUGACUUGCUCAGCUUCCUCAAGAAAAAGGCACACGGCUUCCAUUCCUGUUUGCUCCUCCCUGGCUGCAAAAGAACCGCCCCAAUGGCUCUGUCGGACGCGUCGGUCUCUAGCCUCAUGGAUUUCUCCAGAUCAACGUGCAGGAGCUGCUCUUCCGAAGCGAACGCCUUCUUCAGUCUUUCAAAGGAUUGCUGGGCACUUUCUGUCCAGACAAACUUCUUUUGCUGCUGAGACAAUCUGUGAUGGGCGCUGUCAAGUGGGCGAAGUUCUUGAUGAACUUCCUGUAGAAGUUGCUGAACCCUAGGAACCUCUGCACGUCCUUCCGGGUUUUGGGGGCCUUCCAUUCCAGCACCGCCUGCACCUUGCUUGGGUCCAUAGCUAGGCCUUUGUCUGACAACUUGUACCCCAGAAACUCGACUUCUCUGGUGUGAAACUGACAUUUUUCCAGCUUGACUCACAACUGGUGCUUCUGCAGUCUCUUUAGCACUUCCCUGACAUCUCUGACAUGUUGCUUCUCAUUGUCCGAAUAGAUUAAGACGUCGUCCAAGAAGGCUACGCAGUUCUUGUACAGCAGGGACCCCAACACGUGGUGCAUGAAAGCUUGAAAACAGGCGGAGCCCGACUGUAAUCCAAAUGGCAUAACUAAGUACUCAAAGGCCCCCAGCGGGGUUGACAUUGUGGUCUUCCAUUCGUCCCCCUCCCUCAUCCUAAUCAAGUUGUAUGCUCCCCUGAGGUCCAGCUUGGUAAAAAAUUUUCCCUGCCUCACCCGUGUUAAAAUGUCGUCCAUCCUGGGCAUUGGGAAGGUCACGGGUUCUGAUACCAAAUUUAACGCCCUAAAAUCUACGACCAAUCUGGGCUGGUUAGUCCCUUUUUUGUCCACAAAGAACACCGGACUGCCCCCCAUCGCCUUUGAUUCCCUUAUGAACCCCCUCUUCAGGUUCUUGUCAAUAAACUCCCGCAACUCCUUCAUCUCCCGGUCCGACAUGGCAUACAGUUUACCCACUGGCAGCUGAGCCCCUGGGAGCAAGUUGAUUUGGCAGUCAAAGGGUCUAUGGGGGGGUAGUCUAUCCGCCUCCUUCUCGCUGAAGACCUCCUGCAGGUCAGCAUAUUGUGGUGGCACCUCCCCUUUCGGCUCCACCACUAACCCAGCCACCCUGGCCACGGUCAUCCUUGGGGUUUUCCCCCCUAGACAGUGUUCGAAGCAGUAAGCUGACCCAAAGGUGACCGUCCGCUGAUGCCAUGCCACUACUGGAUCAUGUAGUGCCAGCCAGCUCAUCCCUAAUAUUAUUGGGGGUCCUGCCAGUGUGGCUACGUGAAAGGCAAUGGUCUCCGUGUGCCUGGAAACCCUCAUUCUCAUUGGUGGGGUCUGGUGCGUCACUUCCCCUCCCAGAAGCUCCCUGCCAUCAAGGGUGGUCACUUGCAAGGGAAAAUCCAGGGGCAGCAGGUGGAGCUGGUGCUCUAGGGCGAAGUCCUUGCUGAAGAAAUUGCAGGAACUGCCUGAAUCCAACAGCCCCUUCACCUUGACUGGGUGCCCAUUCGGGAGUUCUAGCACCACUUCUAUGGCUAUGGCCGCUCUGGGGGGGUCUGGCUGGGGCACUUCUAUUGGUUGCUGGCCUGGCUGCUGUGCCCGCUGAGUGGCAGCCAAGCGUUGGCGUUUCCCUGCUCCUGCUCUUUCCCCCCUCCUCCUCACCUCCAGCAGCUCCCACCAUUCCUUGCCAGGCCUUUCUUUGAGGGCAGACCCUGGCAAAAUGUCCUGGCCGCUGGCAGAGGAAACACUUCUUAUUAGUUUUCCAAUCCUUUCCCUCCCUUUUGCGACCUUCACUGGAGUUUGAAACCUCCCGCGCGCCCGCGCGCCAUCAAUUUCCAUUGGCUCCGCCGGUGGGGAAGGCUGCCUCGGUAUUUCAGGAAUGCGGUAGUCAUGGCAACGUUCCCCUCUCCCUUCCCGAUUCUCCUGAGCCCGCGCUUCCUGCCUUACGCCAAUCGCAAGCACAGCCUUGGUCAGCUGAUCCAUCGACUGCGGGCGGGGCGCGCGGGAAAGCUCGUCCUUCACUGUUGGGGACAACCCCUCCUCAAACAACAUCUGAAUGGGUUCCGAGUCCAAUUCCCACCCGAGCCGGUGGACUAACAUGGCAAAGCGUGACCAGUAGUCUCUAACUGACUGGUUCCCCUGUUUACAACCCAUCAGUUCCCGCCGAGUCACACUUUGCUGCACAUCACUGGAAUACAUCGCAUCCAUCGCCUGGAAGAAUUUCCUCAGGUCUUUCAAGGCGGCAUUUUGCGUUGCCAUUAGGGGCCUGAUCCAUUCCCUGGCCCCAUCCUGCAGAUGCCCAACAAUGUAUGCCACCCUCUCCCCAUCGUCCGCAAAAUCCUUAUGCUGCAGUUCCAAAGCGUAUUCUAUUUCCGUUCGGAACGCGUUGUAGUCCUGGGGUUUCCGCCCAAACUUGUGUACCAGUCCUGGUACCUUCCUUGCUACGGGGGUGGUCCGGACCUGUGCAUCGUGAGCCCGCCUUUCUUCCAACCGCGCCGUGAGAAGAGCCACAUGCUGUUCCAAAUCUCGGUUCCUCUCCACCAGAUUUUGCACUCCGGCUGCUCCCUCCGUGGCGCCGGCUUCUCCGGUUUGGCUCAUUCUGCUGCCUGCCUGUCGCUGCGCACAAGCAACGUCAAGGACUGACGGAUUGCUGUAAUAAAUGUAGGGGUUGCUCGUGCGCAAGUUGGUGCCACUCCUGGCUAGGUUGCCUUGUUAAACCUUUUCUGUCUGGACAGCCCUGCACUUCGUGGCUGUUCAGUCGCUAGCAGAAUCCGUCAGUGGGCGUUUCUUAAACCUUUUCCAGCAUAAAAGUUGUUUGGCUCCAAGUCUCCUCCUACUCUCCCUGCGAGGAAGCCUUCUGCGCAGGGAGGGCGUGGGUAGCGGAGGACCCGUGCUCUCCUCGCUGAUCUCCGGCGAGGAGUCCUGGAGCCCUCUCGCCGAUUCCCCCAUCUGCCCCCCUUUAUCCCUGGUGUUACGCUGAUUUCUUUCCCCAGCUGGUGAGCCUCCUCUCCCCCUGCUGGGCCCUUCUCCAGCAUCGCUUGAGAGCCUAGCCUCCGCCUCUGGCUCCGAUGUCAGUUCCCUGACACAAGUAUUCAGUAUCCUAAAACCAAAAACUAGUGUAUUAAAACCUAGUAUUCAACAGCCAGAUAGAAGGACCAGCAAUUGCAGUCCUAGUCGCAGUGCCUCCCUGCUGUCAUUCCAAGGCAAAGUCUGAGAGUACAGACUCAGGCAGACAACGAUCUGGAAUUCAAAUGGCCACAACUUUAUUGAUUACAUGUGUUGGUGGAACUUAGGCUCAGGCAUGGGGUAUCUUUCAGCAGACGGGGGGAGGGCAGCAGUUGGAGAUGGGUGUCCCAGAGUGACUUAGGGUGGUGUGUGGCCCCUCAUCUGAUACACCAGCCAUGCAAUGAGCUCAGUACCACUUUGCUUCACAACGCCUCAGGCAGGAUGCCAGGAUCCUCUAGGAUUCUUCAUGCAAGAUGAAGGCCUUUCUUGUAGGAAAUGAUGCAUGAUGAAUUAAUGUGUCUGUUUUGCCACAGAAAAAAACAACAAUAGGAAGCCACACUUGGUAGAGGCACUCUGCGGGAUUGUUGUAAAAUACUUGUGUUAAUCACAUACACCUGACAAACUAACAAAACUAGAAUCAUAGAAUCAUAGAAUCAUAGAGCUGGAAGAGACCACAAGGGCCAUCGAGUCCAACCCCCUGCCAAGCAGGAAACACCAUCAGAGCACUCCUGACAUAUGGUUGUCAAGCCUCUGCUUAAAGACCUCCAAAGAAGGAGACUCCACCACACUCCUUGGCAGCAAAUUCCACUGUCAAACAGCUCUUACUGUCAGGAAGUUCUUCCUAAUGUUUAGGUGGAAUCUUCUUUCUUGUAGUUUGGAUCCAUUGCUCCGUGUCCGCUUCUCUGGAGCAGCAGAAAACAACCUUUCUCCCUCCUCUAUGUGACAUCCUUUUAUAUAUUGGAACAUGGCUAUCAUAUCACCCCUUAACCUCCUCUUCUCCAGGCUAAACAUGCCCAGCUCUCUUAGCCGUUCCUCAUAAGGCAUCGUUUCCAGGCCUUUGACCAUUUUGGUUGCCCUCCUCUGGACACGUUCCAGUUUGUCAGUGUCCUUCUUGAACUGUGGUGCCCAGAACUGGACACAGUACUCCAGGUGAGGUCUGACCAGAGCAGAAUACAGUGGCACUAUUACUUCCCUUGAUCUAGAUGCUAUACUCCUAUUGAUGCAGCCCAGAACUGCAUUGGCUUUUUAGCUGCCGCGUCACACUGUUGGCUCAUGUCAAGUUUGUGGUCAACCAAGACUCCUAGAUCCUUUUCACAUGUACUGCUCUCAAGCCAGGUGUCCCCAUCUUGUAUUUGUGCCUCUCAUUUUUUUGCCCAAGUGCAAUACUUUACAUUUCUCCCUGUUAAAAUUCAUCUUGUUUGUUUUGGCCCAGUUCUCUAAUCUGUCAAGGUCGUUUUGAAGUGUGAUCCUGUCCUCUGGGGUGUUAGCCACCCCUCCCAGUUUGGUGUCAUCUGCAAAUUUGAUCAGGAUGCCCUUGAGUCCAUCAUCCAAGUCGUUGAUAAAGAUGUUGAAUAAGACCGGGCCCAAGACAGAACCCUGUGGCACCCCACUAGUCACUCUUCUCCAGGAUGAAGAGGAACCAUUGAUGAGCACCCUUUGGGUUCGGACAGUCAGCCAGUUACAAAUCCACUGAGUGGUAGCAUAGUCAAGACCGCAUUUUACCAGCUUCUUUACAAGAAUAUCAUGGGGCACCUUGUCAAAUGCCUUGCUGAAAUCAAGGUAGGCUACAUCCACUGCGUUCCCUUCAUCUACCAGGCUUGUAAUUCUGUCAAAAACGAGAUCAAGUUAGUCUGACAUGACUUAUUUUUCAGAAAUCCAUGCUGACUAUUGGUGAUCACAGCAUUCCUUUCUAGGUGCUCACAGACUGUUUGCUUAAUGAUCUGCUCCAGAAUCUUCCCUGGUAUUGAUGUCAGACUGACUGGGCGGUAAUUAUUUGGGUCCUCUCUUUUCCCUUUUUGAAAAUAGGGACAACAUUUGCCCUCCUCCAGUCUGCCGGGACUUCGCCUGUUCUCCAGGAAUUCUCAAAGAUGACUGCCAGUGGUUCUGAGAUCACAUCUGCCAGUUCUUUUAAUACUCUUGGAUGCAGUUCAUCUGGCCCUGGAGACUUGAAUACAUCUAAACUAGCCAAGUAUUCUUGUACUAUCUCCUUAGUUAUUCUGGGCUGUGUUUCCUUUGCUGAAUCAUUUGCUCCAAAUUCUUCAGGUCGGGCAUUGUUUUCUUUAUCGGAGAAGACUGAGGCAAAGAAGGCAUUGAGGAGUUCAGCUCUUUCUGUGUCCCCUGUUUGCAUUUCACCAUCUUCUCCUCUGAGUGACCCCACUGUUUCUUUGUUCUUCCUUUUGCUACGGACAUACCCAUAAAAGCCUGUGUUGUUGCUUUUAACCUCUCUAGCAAGCCUGAGUUCAUUCUGUGCUUUAGCUUUUCUGACUUUGUGUCUACACGUGCUGGCUAUUUGUUUGAGUUCCUCUUUGGUGGUUUCCCCCCUUUUCCAUUUUUUGUACACAUCCUUAUUUAAUCUUAACUCAGUUAAAAGUUCUUUAGAUAGCCACCCUGGCUUCUUUAGGCACCUUCCAUGUUUCUGUCUCAUUGGUAUUGCCUGACGUUGUGCUUUUACUAUCUCCCUCUUAACAAACUCCCAGCCAUCAUGAACUCCCUUUCCUUUUAGUAUUACUGUCCAUUGGAUCUCACCCAGCACUUCCCUAAGUUUUAUGAAGUCAGCUUUCUUAAAGUCAAGAAAUUGAGUCCUAGUAUGCUUGGCUGCUCCUUUCCGCUGUAUAGUAAACUUCAGAAGAGCAUGAUCACUCGCGCCUAAUGAUCCUUCCACUUCUACCCCACUAACCAGGUCAUCAACAUUGGUUAGGACCAGAUCUAAAAUGGCUGUUCCUCUUGUUGCUUCUCCCACUUUCUGGACAAUGAAGUUGUCUGCAAGGCCAGUGAGGAAUCUGUUUGACCUUAUGCUCUUGGCUGAGUUUGACAUCCAACAAAUAUCCGGGUAAUUGAAGUCCCCCAUUACUACUAUCUCCCUCCUUUUGCAUGCUUGGCCAUCUGUUCCAGGAAGGCAUCAUCUAUGUCCUCCGUUUGGCUUGGGGAUCUAUAGUAAACUCCCACAAUGAGGUCACUGUUAUUCUUCUCCCCCUUAAUUUUGACCCAAAUGCUCUCACAUUGGCUUUGAGGUUCUAAAUCUUGGAUCUCUUCACAGGUAUACAUAUCCCUGACAUAUAACGCCACUCCUCCUCCGUUCUUGUCUGGUCUGUUUCUCUGAAAUAGAUUGUAUCCCCCCAUUAUUACAUUCCAAUCGUGGGACUUAUCCCACCAGGUUUCAGUGAUGCCUAUUAUGUCAUAUUUAGUUUGCUGUACCAAGAGCUCAAGCUCAUCUUGUUUAUUUCCCAUGCUUUGCGCAUUAGUGUACAGACAUUGAAGUCCAUUAAUCAUUUCCCCGUGACUCUUAUUUAAGGAUUUUUUCCUCCCACCACUAGGUCUGUGUGCUGUUUGCUCCAUUUGGUCUAUGACAUUUGGAUGAUCAUCUUCAUCAAUUGAUAGACUCCUACCUUCAGGAGCACUGUCUCCCGCCCCCACAUUAGUCAGUUUAAAGCCCUCCUGAUGAGGUUUCUGAGAUUUUUGGCAAAAACAUUUCUCCCAACCGUUGUGAGGUGCAGCCCAUCGCUUGCCAGAAGUCCAUCUUCAAGAAACUGCAGUCCGUGAUCUAAGAAUCCAAACCGUUCCUGUUUACACCAUUUGCGAAGCCAGCUGUUCACUUUUUCCCUCUCUCCCUGGGCCACGUCGUUCAACUGGGAGGACAGGUGAGAUGACAAUUUGUGCAUUUAAUUGCUUCAAUUUCCUGCCCAGAGCCUCGUAGUCUCUUUUGAUCUUCUGGAGGCUAUUGCUUGCAGUGUCAUUGGUUCCUACAUGAACCAAGAGGAAGGGGUAUUUGUCAGUGGGUUUUAUGAUUCCUUGCAGUCGUUCAGUUACAUCUUGGAUCUUAGCCCCGGGAGACAGCACACUUCCCGAGACAUCUUGUCAGGCCCACAGAUCACUGCUUCUGUUCCCCUCAGUAGGGAAUCCCCUAUCACCACUACACGCCUCCUCUUAGGUUUGUUCGGGGUCCUUCCGUGAGCUGUCCGUUCCAAGGUCGCCUGCACAUUCCCUGAGGACUGACUUUGCUGCUCGUCUUCAUAUACCUGAUCGACUGUAAUGAGGGAGAGAUCCUCAAAUGGAGUCUGCUCUUCGUCUUCCAUGCCAGGGGAGAGGACCUCAAAGCGAUUGUGUAUUUCUAAACAAUCAGAGCGAACCCUGGGCCUCCUACUUCUUUGAGUCACGUUUCUCCAUAUAUCUGGCUCCUGUGUUGGUGAACUAGCCUCCUUCUCAGGGGAGUCCCCUGUCACCUCCUUGGUGGAGACAGUGUGCUCUGUUGCUUCCAAGAAGAGCUCCAGCUCUCUAAUUCUUUGGAGUGUAGCUACACGUUCCUCCAGUUGCUGGACUUUGUCUUUUAAGAGGGCAAUCAACAUGCAAUUGCUGCAGGUAAAGCUGCCUGCAACCUUUGGCAAGAUGGCAAACAUUGCGCAGGAACCGCAGGCGACUGCAGCUGUUCCCUCCCCUCCAUCUUGAGAACGUGUCGUUCGGGGUGGCUACAGCGGUCCUCCAUCAUAAAAAGCGUGAAGACAGGACAAAUAACUUCCCCCCCCAAAAAACCUAGGUCUCCCCCAACAAACGUUUGAGACUAGCUCCCCUAAAUCUAAAAGAUGGCUCAAACUCCUCCCACAGCUAAUCACCUGUCUCAACAGAAACCCUUUGCACAGGGAGAACAGCUAAUCAGCCACAAAGAAACACACACACACAAGAAAACCCUUUUUGCUCCUUCUUCAACUGCUGCCCUGCAAGCUCUCAAAAAAACUAACUUUUUGUUAGGCUAUUUUGUUUCAUGUGAAAUGGCCCUAGGAAAUACUUCUCCAAUCCUGAAACAGCUGGAAUAGAAUAGAAUAGAAUAGAAUAGAAUAGAAUCUUGGAGUUAUGAGGUUUUAUAAAUUUUAGAGUGUAAAAGAGAUGAGGGUAUAUUUCAUGGUUCUACUUCCUUCAUUUUAGUUUCCAAUUCUUUUAGUUUCCAUUGUGCAAGCUAGAAAACUGUAGCUUUACCUCCCUCCUGUGGUGGCUAAAGCCCUUUGCAGCUUAUAGCGAGAAUAUAAAAGGGAGAGCACCCACAAAGAAUUCAGGCUUGUAUAAAGAGGCUUUUAAAAUAUAUAAUCCUUCUUUGCCUAAAACAUCCUUUGAUUGACUUGAAUAUACAAUGGAUUUCUUCUUUGAUUGACAAAUCAUGUUGGAGAUAAGCACAAAAAUGUUAGUGUAAGGUCAUUUGCAUUUUUGAAACCUUUAACUCUGCGGUGCUGCACAAAUGCCUCUUGCACAGGCCGCGUGAAAUCCUCUCCACACUCACUUAGGGCUAUAUGGAUGUGCCUCAAGUGGUUCCAAAAUUCAUUCCCACUUCCAUCUGGUAUUUUCCAGUCUGCUGCAGUUUUAUUUUUUACAAGUCUGUCUUCUGUUUUUUUGUCUGAUAUAUGGAGUUUUAAAAAAAUGUAUACCAUAAACUACAAUACACGCAUAUUGCUCAGUCAUCAAGAGAUACUUGCAAAUCAAUCAGUUUUCCUGUGUGCUCCCUUGCAAAGAGGUAGCCCUGAUAGUCUUUUGCAGCAAAAACAACAGUUCCCCAGUCCUUUGAGGUCCGAUUGCUCAGCCUGGGGUGCUUUGGGAGGAAGUGUGGGAUGUAAAUGGAUAAUAAUAAUAAUAAUAAUGACCACCACCCUCCUCUUCCUUCUCCUCUUCCUAUGCUCUUCCUCCGAAAAGACCUUCUCCAUACUAAUUAAGGCACCCAAAAGCAGAAUCCUAACUUGCUCAGAAGCAAAUCCUGCUGAAUUCAAGAUGAGUCUGGUUAAGUCAUCAGUUCAGACACUAAAAUAUACCAUUGUUACAACCUGUGGACUUGGAUACUCAUUUCGCAGAUUUAGUAAAUGUGGAACUCUGAGGUAGAAUAGAUGCUGAAUAAGUGGCAAGGGUUGUAUUUUCACCAGGAGAGACCAGUAGGGCCAAGAGCUUCCAGAGGAGUUACUGUGUCUUAGGAUGUUGUGGCUCUCAAAGGGUCUGCCGCUUCUUGGUCUGCCACUCUUUAUGGGAGUUACUUGGUAUACUAAUGAUAGUAAAUCAUUAUAUGAUAGUAAUGAUAGUAAAAAGUAAAUUGUAGAUUAACUACAGUUUCUGUGAACAUCCAGGUUUCGUGCAUAGCAACUAUAUGACCUGCAGAAAUUCUGUUUGUAUUACUUUGCACUUGCCUCUGCCAUUUGUGAAGCAGCAACUUCAGGCUUGUCCUGACUCACAACACUGCAUCCUUCCUUUGUUUUCCUGAAUUCCUGUAUUCUUGUUUCUAUAAGCUUUUGUUCUACUGUUUCACUAGCUUUGUGUUGUAUUUUUGACUUUUGACCUUUUACUUUGUAUCUUUGCUCAGUCUCUUUAUGAUAUCAUCGUGCAUUGUGGCCAAAGUCAUUUUGAAGGAACUGAACAGUUCUUCCUCAGCCUCAUUAGGGAAUGGCUGUGGCUCAGAAGGAGCCAAGGUUUUCUCUUUCUGCAGUCUGACUGCUAAUGGAUCUAUUGCCAUACUGGAUUCCAAGAAAACUGGUGGAACACUAGGACCUAGAGCAGGCUUCUUUUGGGGCAUCUGACCAAGUUUAAUAGCUCCUAGUGAUUCUGUUACCUUCUCAGCCGAGGGAUUGGAUCUGCAAAUAUCAGGUUACUCCCUUUGCUCAGGCUUUGUCGGGAUUGAGCACUGCUGACUUUCCAGCUGAGAGGAACUGAUGACGUAAACAUUAAGCAGUGAAGGUUGAUCAGUUGUACUGGCAACAUUGCCUUUUUUAUCAGGGUGGGAGGACUGCAAAUAUUCCAGUCAUUCUGCUUCUGCUCCCACAUAAUCCAAAUCUGUGGGUAAAUCUAAUGAUGGAUAGAACUUAUUUUCAAGCAACAUUUGCCACUCUUUGGCAUUGACCUUCUCUUUCUUUAGUCCUCCUCGCUUUUCACCUAUGGAGAAUUGGUCAGUUCUGGGCUAUCUCCAUAGAGUCAGGGCAGCAGCUUCUUUUGAAGAUCCAGAUGGUCUGACAUCAUUUUUCCAGGUGGAAAAAAAUUAAGUAUUCCCUGUUUGGUGGAAUACCCUGGGCUCUUGCUCCCCUUGCAGAGAUCUGAAGCUUCGAACCACAUGCAAAAAGCAACAGGUCUGUAGCUCUUGCCCUUCAGGUUGCACCAAAGGCCCCUGCCUUUGACAUGAGGGAAGGGAGGGGACAAACAGCCUCAAGGAGCUUAGGCAGCAGUCCCAGGUGAAAAACAUGUCUAAAGUAGAACCAGAGAUGACAUUUCUCUAAUACUGCUAUCCCGAGUAGACAAAGCACAAAUUUCUGAGCUUGUAAUGCCUGUCUGCUUUUUGAGGUGAGUUUUAUGAGUUUUAUGUGCAUUUCGGGACGCGGGUGGUGCUGUGGGUUAAACCACAGAGCCUAGGACUUGCCGAUCAGAAGGUCGGCGGUUCGAAUCCCCGCGACGGGGUGAGCUCCUGUUGUUCGGUCCCUGCUCCUGCCAACCUAGCAGUUCAAAAGCACAUCAAAGUGCAAGUAGAUAAAUAGGCAGCGCUUCGGCGGGAAGGUAAACGGUGUUUCCGUGGCUGCUCUGGUUCGCCAGAAGUGGCUUAGUCAUGCUGGCCACAUGACCCAGAAGCUGUACGCCAGCUCCCUUGGCCAGUAAAGUGAGAUGAGCGCCGCAACCCCAGAGUCAGUCACGACUGUACUUAAUGGUCAGGGGUCCCUUUACCUUUACCUUUACAUGUGUAUUUACAUGCCAAGGAGCAUGACCUUUGGGUGCACAGCUUUGAAUUUACUCUGUUGUGACAGUGAAACUCUACGAUUAAUUGGUGUGUUUUUUAUCUCCCCCAUUGUGGCCUCCCACUCUAGCAUUCCUUUCCACAUAAAGGAGAAGCAGCAAGAAUUAGAAAGGGAAAAAAUGGAAGUGAAACGCCUGGACAUUUGGAAGCCCGCUCCAUCUCUGCUGCAGUCUUUGUUUACAACUGGACUGACGAAAUGAUCGACUUUUCUGGUUGCAUGUCAUAAGGUCCCUGGGAAUAUACCUGCUAACAAUUCAUUGUCCUAGAAUAAUUGUCAUUAUUUGUAGAAGGUGCUUAUGUCCAGGUACAGGUUUCUUUAAAAAUGAAAUUAGACAUUAGCCAUUUUAGUAUAAAUCACGUUACUUUCUUGAAACUAUUAGUCUGCAUUCACAAAUGAAAAUAAUACAUUUUACACUUGCUCAGUGGUACUUUCAUCUAGUCAAAGUUAAUAUGUUCUAAGGCUGAACCUAGACUUUAAAUUAGAUGCCAGGAGUUUAGAUGCCAACAGUUUGCAUAGCAGAUUUGCAUACAACUCUUGUAUGGAAAGUGGACAUGGAACAGAGACUUUAGAGUUGGAAGGAACUCAUUCUCUUCUGAUAAUUUCAGCCAAGGAUUUUCAGCCACUUGUGAUGUGAUAUCCUGGUGAUUCUAGGUAGUGGUUGCUGGGCUGAGAAGCUGCAGAGAUCCAAGCACCAUGAGACUUUUUUUAAAAAAAGAAACCUUCAAUAAACGCAUACAAUUAAAAAUCAGAGCCUUAGUCAUUUCAUACAGUUAUUAAGGAAAGUAAUUGACAACUCCAUCCAACACCCACCCUCCCCAGAAUACCUGAGAAGUGGUCCCUGCUGCGUUGAAAGAGCCAGUGAUGCAGCAGCUCCUAAAGAAACUGGCUCUGGACCCGUUUGGACCGAAGCAGCUAUUGAGCAGCUAGAAAUACUCACUUUGGGGGAAACUGGUGGAGAGGGCUGUGGUAGGACAGCUACAAACAUUAUUGGAGGCAGAGGCGCCAACGGGAGGGAG